AUGACUAUGGAAACACUACUACGACUGGAUACUAGCAGCAUGGGCAGCAAGAGUGACGGCGAACCUCGAAGCCAUAGUGAGCUCCCUCCCCAACCUCCACAGGCAACUCCAGCAGCGAACGGGACGCUCAAAGAUUCCGUCUUCCAGACUGAUUCGUAUAACAUCUUGGCUCAAUCCUCGAACGAGCUCCUGCUAGACGCCGCAGGCUAUAGUCGGCGACUAUCUCUGGCUUUGGCCGCCCAUAUCGAGGUCUUUCUGAAACAUCUGUUUCCGAUCAUGCCGGUGGUUAAUGGCGAAGAGAUUCUGUCUGAUGCGAUCUGGCUAGAGGAGCUGCCCCUGCCAUGA